CGAGCUCUGCCUUAACCUAGAAUUAUUUUCUUAGAAACUGCUUACCAGCCAGAGAAGAUCCCUGAGCGGGACAUGAUGGAGCCUCCAAAGUUCACCCAGCCCCUGACAGACCGAACCACCACCCGGGGCUACAGCACACAUCUCUUCUGCUGCGUCAGGGGCUUCCCCCAGCCCAAAAUCAUCUGGAUGAAAAAUCAGAUGGAAAUACGGGAAGACCCCAAAUACAUAGCGAUGAUUGAGCAGGGCGUCUGCUCCCUGGAAAUCCGCAAGCCCAGCCCUUUUGAUGGGGGCAUCUACACCUGCAAAGCUGUGAACCCCUUGGGGGAAGCCUCAGUAGACUGCAAACUUGAUGUGAAAGUGCCCCAGUGAGGACAGAUCAGAGGGCAAGACAAAGAGCAAGUGGUGCCCUCACAGGACUCAGAUCUCGUUCCUUUACCCCAGGUGGAUGCUGCAGCUGCUGUGCUGUAGCGUGGCACAUGGUGAUGCUCCUGGCCAUGGCCUCUGCUGCCUGCGGGCCUGCCCCCUCCCUGGCAGUGCUCUGGGGGGGGUCUGCACCUCAGCCUGCCAUGGCAUGUUCCUCUCUGAAUGUGUCCUUAGCUGUGACAAUAAAACGAGCCCAUCUGAGGGGCUUUGGUCCUUAUAUAAAAACCCAAA